AUGAGUUUUUACGCAAUUGACUCUGUAAAAAAUGAUGUCGGUGUAGACGAUUACGAUUUGCAAGUCAAUAUUCCGGUAGAAUUUCUAGAUACUUUGAAUCCAUCUGGAUUACCACCAUAUAAAUUAAAUUUAAAAAUCGGUUGUAUAGUAAUGCUUUUGAGAAAUCUGUUGGUAAACAAAGGACUAUGCAAUGGAACUAGAAUGAUUGCUGGAGCCUUUCGUCAAAGCGUGCUUCAAUUGGAAAUUAUUAUUGGUGCAUUUUCUGGAGCUGUUCAUUUUAUUCCUAGAAUUUCUCUGGAUAUAUCGGAUGAUCCAGCACUUCCAUUCAAUUUCGUUAGACACCAGUUUCCAGUUCGGUUUGCAUAUGCAAUGACAAUAAAUAAGUCUCAAGUCCAAAUUUUUCAUAACGUUGGCCUCUAUCUUCCAGAACCAUGCUUUUCUCACGGUCAGUUUUAUACAGGAUGUUCAAGAGUAAUGGAAUCUAAUGGUUUAAAAAUUCAAGUAAAAGAUAUCACUAGACAGGGCAAAACGGAUAAUGGGCAAACAGUAACAGAUAAUGUUGCUUAUCGGGAAAUUUUUUCCUAA